CGUAGUUUCAUUAACGGCAGUGGCACGCUUCGAGACCAACUUUACAACAAUUAUUUCAAGUGCGACAAGUGCAUUUGGUUAUCGCAUGAUGUGGAGGGUGCUGAAAAUCACUUUUGUACCGGGUCUCUGAUUUCAAGAAGACACGUAUUGACUUCGGCUCAUUGCAUGGACGAUGAAGACAUCGACGAUAUUGUAGUGACUAUAGGCACGAACGAUCUGAGGAAUGGCUUCAAGCACAGUCUUGGAUCAGUACACAUUUACGCGGACUGGGCUAUGGGAAAUAAUGAAAUUCCCGAUGAAUAUUUGGAUGACAUAUGCAUUCUCAAACUCAAGGAGAGGGUUCGCGAUGAAAGAAUUGUGCCAGUGAGCCUCAAAUAUGACGUACUUUACGUCAAGCAGACCGUCACGUUGGCAGGUUGGGGAGCUUCUGAUAAUGAUAAAACGAUACCUCGGUUCAUGGAGACUAUAUCGCUGCCUGUUCAACCGAUGCAAGAGUGCAAUCGCAAAUUAGAAAAAAUAGUAGAUUAUAAAGUGGUAGAAUUACCCAUGCUCUACCUGUGUACAUUUACCGAUCCUGAAGCUCUACUAAGAUGUGGCGAUAGUGGAGGCCCGGUCUUGAACGAAAACAAUGAACUGAUAGCUAUCAAUGAUGCGACUUGUCCUUUGGAAAAUAAUCAUCCGGGCCUUGUCAAUUUGCACGUCAACGUUUAUUUCUACAAAAAAUUCAUCGAAGCUACGCUAAGGAAUGAAAAUUAAAUUUGACGUGUAAAAAAUUACUUUUGGCCUACCUCAGACUUGAUGUGAGUAAAUU